UUUUAUUGUUUCUUGAAAGAAGCAUUAACCCAGAAUAGCGUGACAAAAGAUGAUCUCGGUGAACUUUACAAAGCCUUUGUGCAAGAUUUGUUAUACUUCGAUCGUGAGUACAAGAAGCUUGAUUCAGAUGCUGUUCUUGGGUUGCGCGUAGCCGAAGGUACGGUAAGCAUAGCGUAGGUUUAGGAUGGUGUUUUAUCGAACUAUUAACAGGAUAAACGUUGUUAAGCCUUUAUUUGAUCUAGGCGAGAAAGAAGAAAAGUCUUUUAACUUGGUUGGUUUGAACCACACUGCAGACUUGUUUUCGAAAUAUUUUGCUGGCUGCUGGUCGCUCCUGACAGCUGGGGUUUAAAUGCACACACUUAUGCAUUUGUAAAUUUAAAAAUGGUAAUAAAACACUUGUAAAAGUUAAAUAUUUAAUUGACCUCAGUUCACAAGCCACUAAAUAAAGGCAACGCCACGUAAACAAAAUGGCCCGGGGGGGUACUGUCGAUAUAUGGGCUAUAUAGGUAUGUGCCGCUGUGAAGGGUAUGGUUUUCAAGCAGUUUACCCUAGGAUAGGGUAUAUAACUCAGAGCGUUUAGGUCUACAAUAGGGUCUCAUUUUUCAGGAAACUGAUCAGUUGGUUGAAGAUUUUAUCUAGACUAGGGAUUGUGGUAUAAGGUUUUGUUUUGGCUAGACUGUGCUAGUGACUUCAGUAGUUUCUGGAAUACAGCCACUCUAGGAUAGGGGGAAUAGCGGAGUUUACUCUAGUAUAGGGUAGCAAAAUUCGGCUGAACUAGUUCUGGUAUAGGUUAAAGGUUCCAGGGUCCCAGCAGCACAUCCCCACCCAGUUAUUCCUAAAGUACCACCCCGGGAAAAAUGGCCUGACCUCAACAGAGCAGUCAUUCAGAUCCACGAAAAAGUGUUUAGGAAAAAAUAAUGUCCUAAAGGGCUGAAUUUUCUUAGGACAUUUUUAGUUUUUGUCAGACAUUAUUUUGUUUUCUUAUGACAGAAUAAAUGAAAAUUAGAUCCUUUCAAGAUACUUUUAGUUUAAAAAUACUUAAAAACAAAUAUACUUUUACAUGUAAAAGGUCUAGGAGGCCUAUUUCUGCCAUUAAUAGCAUUGCCAAUGCAUGACUGCAUUAAACUUGAAUAAUUAUACUCUUUCAAGUUUGAAGUUUGUGUUUCCAGAAUGAGGUGUGAAGAUAAUUAUUUUGUUUUCCUCUUUCCUUACCUAUUAAACAUGGAGUGGAUUUUAAAAUUACAAACACAGCACAAAAGAAAUGUGUUUGAACGUGCAACUUUCAUAACAAAGAAAAAUUGUCACAGGAUAUAUUCUUAUGUCAGCCAAACAUACUCAAAUAAACUGCGCUUCAUUCUGUUGUUUUCUUGAUCAUAAUCCAGCCACGAGUAGCUUUAAGCCAUCGUGGCUGGAAUUUUCGUUCAGCUUUGGCGACAAUUUUUUUUGUUGGAUCAUUGACCAAAUCUUCAUGAGCAACUUUCACACUGCUUUCUUCGUUUGAAAAAAUAUGACAUAGGUUUUUGGCUCUUUUCAGCCAUAACUAAGUCCUUUCAUUCUCAUGGUUCGCUCGAAAUAGAAUCAAAGAUGGCGCCUGCAUUAUAACGACACUCCUAUGGGCUUUUGUCUGACCAAUCGCAUGCACUGUGAGAUCUUUGUAAAAUACAUCCAAGAUGGCAGAGGUUGCAUUGUUCAUUGUGCAAAUUGUUGCUCAAACUAGGGAUAUUUUCGCUAUAUGGAAAAUUGUACAAAAUGUACCCAUCUCUAACAUUAAUCUCUACCACAAGACACAUUUAUCUAGUAUUUCAUAUUCUAUUUUCAUUUCGCACAUUUGUCAUAAUUUGUUUGGACAAAUGAAAAUUGUCUCGGACUAUGUCCAAAGACUGACGUGGAUCUGAAUCACUGAGAGAGGGGCUGUAAAAAGACCCACAAGCCCCUUCAACCCAAUAAUUAGGGUGCCCCCGCAUAUACCCGACAACAGACUGCUGCCCAGCUAUGUCUCGAGCUUAACUUAUAUAGCCUAAAUUUCAUUUAGCCUCAUAGUCUGAUGGACAGCCCAUCUGAUAGGGUGCGAUAAAAAAUCAGAAAUUGUGCCAUAAGAUAAGACUAUUAUGCAAUAAAUUAUGCAAUUUUUUCAGGGCUUAUUAACAUUGUUUUACCAGGUUUCAAAGUAGAAAAAUCAAUUUAAUGUAAAAGAAUAAUAAAACAUCUAUUUUAAAACAAAAUAAUUAAAUUUGUCCAAUUUUCUUGACCCGGAAAAGAAAACAGUUAGAAAGGAAGAAAAAGGACACAUGUUUAACAUAAUGACACCCUUACACCGCUGACCACACUGCUUAUCUCUGAAAUCAAAAUGGCUACUCAGAUACUCCCAACAAAGGUUUCAGAUGUCUUGCAAGGCUUUCUUUAGUGGCAAAUCACCUUAAAUAACAUUAAGAUUGGGAAAAUGUUUGAUUAAAGUUAGAAUUUAUUAUUUAGUUUACUUGAAGUUAACAUUUUUUUUAUGAAUUAUGCGAUUUUCCUCAGAUCGGAUGCAAUUUGAGGUCAAUUGUGCGAAAUUGUACCAUCACAAUAUCAGAAGGCCUGCAUAGAUCCCAAGCGGGCAAGAUGGGCCCAUCUUACCCUCUCUGACUGAAUUAUCACACAACAGACCUUUCCUAUUGCACAGUCUGCGCUGAAAAUGACACCCAAUUUCUGAUUUUUUAUCACACUCUAUCAGAAGGCCCGAUACAACUAAACAAGGACAUCUCUGUCUUGCAGGCUACCUCAAGAGGUUACUUCAAGAUGCAGAAAGAGGGAAAAUUAAACUCAAACUAAACGUCUUCAAUGAUGUAGAAGAUCUCCUACACAGAGUAUCUAACAUUCUAAAGAAGAUUACUCCACUGGUCAUGGAGAAUGACCCACUCUUUUAUCCUUUGCUUAACUCUCAGUGGACCUAUUACAAACCGUAUAUGUAUAGAGAACAAGACUAUGAUGAAGGGCAGAAAGAUGAAGCCAAUGCAGAAAGGUUUUCUCAAUGUGUU